AGAACAAAAUAAACUUUAGGAAGCCCUAAUUAUAUUUAUUAGUCGGCUUAUAUGCAAAUUCUUUUGUAAGAGUCGGCUUAUAUACUUCGUAUAAAAUAUGAAGUUCAACUAGCCGUCUUUGAUUCAAUAACACAGAACAUUCACAUCUCUUCUAAAUUCUUAAUCGUUUUCUUAAUCGUUUAUUUUUCAUCAUCUCUUCUAAAGGAACCAUGUCUCCUCCCUUGGUUGGUCCACCAGAGAUUCGUGAUCCCAACUCUCUCCUCCCAUAUCCGACCACAGCUUCUGGUCCAAGCGACCCAUUCAUUGACGCAAUGGUCUCAAACUUCAACAAGUCAUCCAGAGGCAACUUAGUUGUUCCACCUCCGAUGGGCUACACCGAGAACAGAUCAGCCACGUACCUGUCCUCAGGGAACCCCUGCCUCGACUUCUUCUUCCACGUUGUUCCCAGCACGCGCAAGGAAUCUAUAGAGCAGCGGCUUAACGUGGCUUGGGACCACGACUCAUUGACCACUCUCAAGCUUAUAUGUAACCUUCGUGGAGUCCGUGGCACCGGAAAAUCCGACAAGGAAGGGUUUUACACGGCGGCGUUGUGGCUUCAUGGUCGUCAUCCCAAAACCCUAGCUUGUAACCUGGAGCCACUCUCUAAAUUUGGCUACUUCAAAGAUUUUCCCGAGCUUCUUUACCGGAUUCUACAAGGAGCUGAAAUCCGUAAGAUCCAGAAAUCUGAAAGGUACCAGAGGAAAGACGAAGCAUCUCGAGCUCGUUUCGAAUUCCAAACGUCUUAUGGUGGUCGUUCUUGUGGAAAGGGUCGUCGGGGCAAAAGGAAGCCAGCUGCGACGAGAGAGCUAAGGGUAGCGAACGCAGAGAGGAAGAACCUAGAGGAGAAAGUUAGAGCGAGUUUGGAGCGGAAGAAGAAGAAGGCUUCAAUGGGGAAGGACGCUUUUACAAGAUAUUCUCACGAUCCCGACUAUAGGUUUCUCCACGAACGCGUCUCCGAGCUAUUUGCGGAUCACCUGAAGAGAGAUGUAGAGUUCUUGACAUCCGGAGAGACCAACAAAAUCUCUCUAGCGGCUAAGUGGUGUCCGUCGCUUGACUCUGCUUUUGACAAAGCAACUCUUCUCUGCGAGAGCAUUGCUAGGAAGAUCUUUCCUCGUGAGUCAUUCCCUGAAUACGAAGGCGUUGAAGAGGCUCACUACGCUUACAGAGUUCGUGAUCGGCUAAGGAAACAAGUCCUUGUUCCUCUCCGGAAAACUCUACAGCUCCCUGAGUUAUACAUGGGAGCGAGUGACUGGGGAUCUCUUCCGUACAACCGUGUAGCGUCAGUGGCGAUGAAGACUUACAAGGAGAUAUUCUUGAAACACGACGCAGAGAGGUUCCAGCAGUAUCUUGACGAUGCGAAGACGGGGAAAACUAAGUUGGCCGCCGGUGCUCUGCUGCCUCACGAGAUAAUCAGAAGUUUAAAAGACGGAGACGGUGGACAAGUGGCGGAGCUGCAAUGGAAAAGAAUGGUGGAUGAUCUUAAAAAGAAAGGCACUUUGAAGAAUUGCAUCGCUAUCUCUGACGUUUCGGGGUCUAUGGAAGGUGAUCCAAUGGAGGUUGCCGUCGCGCUUGGUUUGCUCGUCUCUGAGCUGUCUGAAGAGCCAUGGAGAGGGAAGCUAAUAACCUUCAGCGAAAACCCGCAACUGCAAUUGGUGAAAGGAGACAACCUGUACUCGAAAACAGAGUUCGUGAGGAGAAUGGAGUGGGGAGCUAACACUGAUUUUCAGAAAGUGUUUGAUUUGAUUCUAACAGUGGCUGUAAAAGGGAAGCUCAAGGCUGAGGAUAUGAUCAAGAGGGUGUUUGUGUUCAGUGAUAUGGAGUUUGAUCAAGCCUUGCCGAGGCAGCCGCCGACUUGGGAUAGGUGGAAUAUGCCGUCUCAUCCUCCGAGCAAUGGGUGGGAAACAGAUUAUGAGGUGAUUGUGAGGAAGUACAGAGAGAAAGGAUACGGUGAAGCAGUGCCGGAGAUAGUGUUUUGGAACUUGAGGGAUUCGAUGUCAACGCCGGUGCCGGGGAACAGGAAAGGAGUGGCUUUGGUGAGUGGGUUUUCGAAGAACUUGAUGAAAGUGUUUUUGGAAAAUGACGGAGAGAUCGAUCCCAUGAUGAUGAUGGAGGCUGCUAUAUCUAGAGAUGAGUACAAGACACUUGUUGUAAUUGAUUGAUGGAAUAUUCUUCUGUCUUUGGCUUCUGUUUUACCUUUUAACUAGGUUCGGACCCGCCCUACAGCGCGGGGGAAAUAA